AUGGAACCUUCAUCUGAAAGAGGGCAAGAAUUUUGUUAUUGUAUUAGAGCACCCAGUAAUGAAGGAUUUGAUGUUCUGAAUCUUAAUGUUAAAAUUGAUACUUCCUGGAUUUUCCAGGAUUUAGAAGAUGUAGAGCAUGGAAGUACGAAGGAGUGUCAAAGGGAACUAAGCAAUGCUGAAGCGGAGACCUUGAACCUCAGAAUAAAACAGCUGGAAAAGUCAGAGCGAAACCUGAAAGAAAUUUUAGAGGAGUAUGCAAACUCAAAUUCUGCACUAAGAAACAGAGCAAAGGAGCUGCAGCUGUCACAGAAGAAACUUUUCGAAACAGUCGACCAACUGAAUGCAAAACUACUGCAGAUAGAAAACGCAAACCUACGUGUUAAAGGGAAGCUCCGAAAUGUUCAGGGGGAGCUGACAGAUUUGGUUCAAAAGCAAGAAAAGGCAGAAAGAAAGCAAAAAGAAAAGCUGUGGCGACUUCAGGACCAGUUGAAGACAAAAGAGGAGGAAGUAAAGAGUCAAUCAGCCUAUUUUGAACACUACAAACAAAAGCAGAAGCAGCAAACAACAAUAUUGAGAGAACGGGAGCUGUCUCUUCAGGGUCGUGUGUUGAGGCUGGAAAAGGAAGUCCUAGAUCUCAAUGCCACUAUAGCUUUUUUGUUCUCUGAGCUAGGAGAAGGAAUUGUACAAUAUCUACGAUGCAAACUGGAAGCUGCAUUCAAUGUAAUUCAGGGGUCUUCGCAUUUUGGUGUGGCUAUAACUAAAAUUAAAACUCUCAUUGAAGAUGUGGAUCAUUAUAUGAAAAGCAACCUACAGAUACUGCAGCAAAAUCUGAAGAGGUUACAGGACAAAGAAAGCGAAAAUAGAGAACAAGCAGACCUACUAGCUAAACUUCAGUACAACAAAGGCUUCCUGGCAAGGAAACUAGAGGAAUCAUGCUGUCAUGUUUAUGAGCUGAAAUUGUCUGACAUCAGCUUUCAAGAACAAGUGGGGGAACUUGUGAAAGAAAACAGCACUUUAAAGGACAAACUGGGAACAAAAGAAGCAGAAAAGGAACCAUGGACUGCAGGAAGGGAAAGUGGAGAAAAUAAAGCUGUCAGUGGUAACUGGAGAAGAGUAGAAGAAGACAGGCACAAAGAUGACAAAUACAUUCCAUUGAUAAGGAUAGCAUUGAUCAAUAUGCUGACAUUGUUUGAGCAGAGAAGAGUAGAAGAAGACAGGCACAAAGAUGACAAAUACAUUCCAUUGAUAAGGAUAGCAUUGAUCAAUAUGCUGACAUUGUUUGAGCAGCCAGAAACAAAGCUAGUCAAACUUCAUCUUUUCUACAACAUACCAAACAGCCUCAUACAAGAGCAAGUAAUACUUUGUGCACAAAGAUCAGAUGGUACUUCUCUGUUGUUUGGAGGCAUGCCAAGGCAAUUUAAAAACAGACAGUUAAUCAUAUCUUGCUCUGAAAGGCUCAGCAAUGAUGGAAGAAGUAAGAUGACCAACGAAGAAGAAUAUUUCUUUCUCUUAAAGCAAGAAGCUACAAAUCAAGCAGCUAAUCCUUCGACUGUCUACAUAGUUGCCACUUUGAUUGAGGCUCAGUUUGUCUUGCUAAAACCUGAAAUCCACAGGGUCCUAGGUGAAUCUGUUUUCCAAGUGAACAAAAUGCUGAAUUUGAAUUAUAGACAGACAUAUCACAGUAACUUUUGUCUUUUUAAUAGAGUCUUUCAUGUUGUGAAAGGAGUCUCUUUUGGUGAUGAUUCUGAAACUUUAAAGGAAAAAGUUGCUAUCCCUGAGACUGAAAUUUUCAAACUCCAAGUUGAAAAACAUGAUAUGGAAAAAGUUUUGCAAAAUGAAGAAAUCAUACAGAAAAACACAGAUGGAAAGAAUAACCCAAAUAAAGAACUAAAAGAUGGAAAAAAUCAACUUAGAGAUGGUCCAGAGAAAUCUCAACAAGAAGACAAAAGAGAUGAAAGAGCACAAAUCAGCAUUUGCAAAAAAGUUAACAGCGUUUUAAUUAAAAUUGUACAUGAUGAAACUGGGAAGCAAAAAGCAAGUAUCCCCAGUGACCAAAACACAUCUGUCCUUCACAAGGAAAUAGAGGGUCAUCCCCAAGAGAACAUUGAACUUAAGGAUGAACAUGGAAAACAUGUGGCAAUUUGUACCUUUGAUAAAGUGAGCAGAGGAUGCCUGGAAGAGAACGUUACUGCAAGAGAAGAGAAGGUCAAACAACCCGAGAAUCUAACUGACCAAAUAAAAGCGUGUCUACAAAAAAGUGUUGGAUUGAAAGAAAAGAGAGAGCAGUGUUUGAAUCUGUGUGAACAGGAAGAGGAGGAGAAGUCAUUGUGCAAACAAAUGACUCUUCAGAUAGAGGAAUAUAGUAAAUGCUCUCAAAAACUGUCAGCACUGAAGGAAAAUAAGUAUACGUAUCCACUAAAUAUAUUGUCUCAAGAGAGAAAUAUAUACUUAAAGAAAGUGUUAUCCCUAGAGGAGGAAUACACUGAACAUAUUCAUUAUUUAUCAGCAGCAGCAGAAGAAAACAAAAGAUAUACGCUGACAAUAGGUAGGUUAGAAAAGCUAGUGGAUAUAUAUUCUCAAAGAAUAUCUGAAUUGAUGAAAGAGAAUGGAAGCUACUCACAGAAACUCCUCGUGUUACAGGAAGAGAAUGAUAGAUAUUAUCUGAAGAUGUGUGCAUUAGAAGAGGAAAUAGAUACAUAUUCUCAACGCAUAUUAACAGGACGUGAAAUUGAUAUUGUCUCUUCCCAAGAGUUAUUGGCCAAGGAGGAAAUGUAUGGUAAAUGUUAUAACAGUGUUUCAAAAGAAAAGAAUUUUAGGUGCCCAGGAGCAAUUUGUGUUCUCUUGGGUGAGACUCAAAUCCAUUCCAAGAACCUGGAUAAGGAGGAAGCUAGAAAUUCUGAGAGAGAAAUACCAGUGAUAGACUCAAAUAAACUUCCGAAGAAAAUUGUUGUUCUUGAUGAAAAGAAGAAUAAAUAUUUCCAGCUGCUUUCUGAACUUAAAGAGGAGAGAAACAACUUUUUCAGAGAAAUAGCUAAACUCUUACAAGACAAAGAGAAAUACUUAGAAAAAACUCAUGAACUGGAAGAAGAGAGAGAGAGAAAUUUACAAAUAAUAUCUCAACUGAAAAGAGACAAAGAAAGCUUAUUGGGAUGUUUAAAUGAGCUAAAAUGUGAACACGACAAAUACAUUACAAUUCUUUCUGAAUUGAAUGAGUGUAAAACCAGAUAUUACAAAAUAAUUUGUGACCUACAAGAGGAAAAAUACAUACUGAAAAAUGAUACAGUUGGAGUCCAGAGGAAAAGUUCUGAACAACUUCCAGAAUCUCAGAAAGUAAUUCAGAAUAUUCUUCUAGAAAAUAAUGAAUUGAAGGAACUGACGUCUGCUUUGAGAAUUAGCUACAUAAAAAAUAAAAUUCCAGAAACAGAGGGAAAGUUGCUAAAACAGAAGCAAGAAAAUAAGCGUCUAUCCCACAGAAAGCAAGUAAAGGAAACAGAGACAGUGACUGGCAAAAUACAUACUAAAGAAAAAGAAAUUCAAGUUACAGAAUCCUCAAAAUAUCUCACUAGAAAAGAUAAAGACACCUGUUUGGAAAAGGAAAUUGGUAACACGGAGACUUCUAAAUGUCAUUUUAGUAACACAGGAAUAAGGGCAAUUUCAGGGGAUCAAAACCUUGCGAUCUCCAGGGAACUCAAAGAGACCUCUGAAAGAACUGAGGCAGCAAAGUUAGCUUUUGAAACAGAAGACACAAUAUCAAACAAUUUUUCGGAAUGUUGUGUUAAUGUGCUGGAGAGUAUGGAUUUGCUACAAGAAUCUGCAAAGGGAAGCACAUCUGAAAGCUGCAAUGCAAUGCAAGAACAACUAGAAAGGUUGAAGGAAGAUCUAAAAAUACAACAAGGGGAAUUAGAAAAGGCCAAAAAAGAGGCUCAAAAUUGGUACAGAGAACUUGGCCUUGUAGAAGCAAAAUAUGAAGAAGUCAGAACUCAGUUGACACAGGCACUCACUGAAUUACAUCAACUUAAAGAAGCAGAUGGCGGAGGAAGGCAUGGAAAACAGUGCUGCCAAUUAAUGGAUGCCGAAGAACUGAAAGAGGAUACAACAGCCAAUAAGAGAUUAGAACAGCAAGUGCUGACCUUGAAAUCCCAGAUAAGGGACCAGACAGUAUUACAAAGUCAGUUUCAAGACUUGAAAAAUGAAGUGGAAUGCCUUCGGGCUCAGCUGUGCAAAAAGACCGAGGAACUUCAGAAAAGAAAGAUUGAAGCAGACUUGACAGUAGCUCCACUCAAGGCAAAGCUAGCUUGCCUUGUCCGGAAAUGCCAUGAAAGAAACAGCUUGAUCACCCGGCUGGUCAGGGAAUUUAACAGGCAUGGAGUUAUGGAUUCCAUUUUCAGCGAAGAGGCAAAAAACUUGGUGAAUGACAUGGCUCUAGCAGAGUACAGUGCUGCUUUUACAUCUGUAUGCAAUCAAGAGAGACGAUCCCAGGAAUUUGUAAUGUCUGAGAAGACAGCGGAUAGAAGAACUUCACCGAUUCUUAUGCCUAGUGGAGAGAACAGUGAUUUGCAUUUGAGUGGGCCAUUGCAUUCUAGGACCUGUCCCACUACCGCUGACUUUCAUGUGUCACCAGAGAUGUCUCAAACUGUGCUUCCUGCAUUACUGCAUCCUGUUGUAGACACGUCACACAUCAAUGGACUGCCAAAUAAUCGUGGGCUCUACCAUGCUGAAGCGAAUGACAGGAUGGGGCCUACAAGCCUUUUACAGAAGUCAGAUGGCAUUAGCUAUGCUCACACCACUCAAAAAAAGAACAGUACUUCUCCAUUAAAAUUGACAUGCCCAGAGAGGAUCAUAGCCUUGCAUCGAGAGCUUAGACAAAACCAUUGCAGUAAUUACCAGAUACCUUCAUUUGCGUCUUCCAAUUCAAAACUGAAGGCACAUUGCAAUUUCUCUGCCUCUCAUCCAGUCCAAAAUGUGGCUUCCCUGCCUGUACUCUCAAAAAUGACCAGUUCACCGCAACUUUCAGACAGGAGUUCUUUCCAUCCCAUAAAUGGGAGGGGCCAGCUGUCUAAAUUUGAUGACACAUUCCACAACCAUGCAGAAAAUCAGCAUGCAGGUGCUGUUCUCCAGGGAAAGGGAAAGAAAAAUGUCAUUGUGAAUAACACAUGGAUCUCAAGAGAAAAACCAGAUGGUUCAACCUCAGCUACUGCAGCAAGAAGCUAUUUGUCAGACGUGUUGUCAGCGUGUAAUAAAAGUCAGAAUCCUGCAGGGGAGAAUUUAGCUGUCCUGGAAAGAGUAAAAGCCACAGAAAUAAGACAAGGACCUCCUGCUCCGGUUGGUUCAGUCUAUAUUAUUAAAGCUGUGGGAAAAAGCAGCAUGAUGAUUAGCUGGGAGAGACCCGUAGUAGAUGAAUUAGGAUGUAGCAAUGGAACUUUCAUUACAGGAUACAGGAUAUAUACAGAUGGGGAAUUUCACAAAUCUGUCAUGAGUUCAGCAUGCACGAAGACUAUCUUAGAAAAUCUGGAUCUCUCUGUGCCAUUUCAAAUCAGUGUUGAGACUGUUGGUUCUUCUGGUUUGGUUUCUGAGAAGAAGACUGUUCAGUUUAGUUGUCCUUUAGCAAACCAGGAACCUUCAUCGUUUGCCACUAGUGAUUUUCCUGAAGACCAAAAGCCUGAUGCCAGCUCCCAUGAGGUUAAUGGAAGGCAAGAUUUAGCUCCAUUUUCUUUCUUGAAGAAAUGAACUUUGGAUGACCAAAGAACCUAAAGAAAAUGCAGUGAAAGUACAGUGCUCAAGGGAAGAAUGAAUCAGAUACACAAAGAAAAAGCAAAGCAGUGCUGAAGGAUCACAGAGAGUGUGUCUAGUCUGGCAGCUGGCAUGGCUGUUUCUCUAAGGAAAAAGCUGAGAAGCCACAAUGACUUGCUGACUCUCGUGCUUGACUGGAAGUUGGUGAUGCAAACCAAUCAAAUACAAAUCUGUUACAGAAAUCUUAAUAUUUUAAUGCAUUCUUAUGAAAUUCUCAUGUUUUACUUAAAUCUCAACCUUUGGAUACCUACAUGUGUGAUUAUUGGGAGCUUACAUGUAUAAGGGUCAUAUGGGACCUCAAUCCCCCUGGCUUUUAUGGGAGUUCAGGGUGCUUAGAACCUCUCAGGAUAGGGCAGUAGAUGGAAUCAUUUUGGCAAAGUGCUGAGUGUCUUCAGCAUCAGCUGGAAAGUGUCAUACUCAUCCCAGAUUUUUAGGCACUCGGAUGUUGGAAGGAUUGUGCCCUAUGGCCCUAAUUCAGCAAAGCACAGGAGUGAAGGUAGUAUCUGCUUAUGUGAACAGUCUCUUUGAAUUCCAGUGUAUUCUCUGCAUGCUUACAUGCUUUGUUGGAUCAGAUUCUGUAUGUGCCCACAAACUGGUAAUAAUGAAUGCAGACCACAUGCUGAUGUGUCCAAAGUGAGUAAGUGCAUGUUAUUAGUAUUCAUGUACCUAUUUGUAAGUACGAGUAGCUGUCUGCACAUGCAGAUACAUUGGAUGUACUUGCACAUGAUAAACUGGGGUGUAAGUGAGUGUCUACAGUUCUACUUCAAUGGCUUACUCAUGUUCUUAGUGAAUUCAAUAACAAAACUCCCAUUGAUUGAAUGGGAGCAAAAUUGGAUACUAAAUUACAUAACUGUCCCUCUUAAUGUAAUGUGCUGUCUUGUUUCAAUAACUAUUUUGCAAUCUUUAUUUUAUUUUAUUUGACCUAAUCUUUAGAAUGUGCUGAUCUCUACAGUGAUUAGGCUCACAGUAAUUUCAGAAAUUCUUUGAGGGAAGGUAUAAGGCUAAUAUAAUAAGGAAACCCAUGUCAGAUUAAUUUCAUGUGCAUUUUUAGAUUAUGAUUAGCAAUAGAUGACAAGUUGGCAUGGCAACAUUUGCAGCUUUACUACUAGUAAGUGCUCUUAAAAUAAAUCUGUGUCAUAUGUGGGUUUCUUGCCGUUAGUGUACUGUACCCCCUGAAGAGAAGCUGCACAUAUAUCAUUUGCAAAACAUGCAUACAAUUAGCCCCAGUUCUUAUUUUUGAAUGAAGUGUUAAACUAAGACAUAAUGCAGGUUUCCUGCCAUUUAUGAAAUCUCUCAUUAUGAAAUACAAAUGUUGAUAAUGACCUUGUCCAUUGUUUUAGCAUCUCAGGCUUUCAGCCAUUCACUUGAUGUAAAAAAGUGAUUAGUAUAAGGAAUAUAGAUUGUGCUAUGCUUCUUUUGUGGCACGUCACAUUCACCUUUCUUAUAUUGCACACCUCCUAAUAUCAGAAGUGUCUUCCAGUAUUAUAAAAGCCUAUUAGCUCCUUAAACUAGUAGAUGGGUGGAUCAUUCUGUGUGUCGGGAGAUUUGGAAUUGAAAUCUCAUCUUUAGCUCAAAUUAUUAUAAUAAAGCAUCAACACUAUUAAUGUGAGUUUGUGGAUUGUGGUUAGGCAGGGAGUAUAAUGAUUUUUUUCCCCCGAUUACCUUGCAGUGAGCAGAAAAAAAGGUGUCUAGUUAUAGAAUUUGUUCAGUUCAAAAUGUUUUCACUAAGCAAACUUUGUGCAGGACAGGACAACUAUUUUUGCCUCUCUCUUUAGUAGUCUGACCUGCUUAUAUGUGUGAUAAAUUCAAGAAGGAUAAAAUAGAACACCUGUAUUUGACAAGGUGCUGUUUUUCUUGUGUAUGGUAAACUGCUUCUUAGUCUGCAGAACUGGGUGUUUGGGUUGACUUGAUUUAUAUACAUAAUAUUUUCUCACCAAAUUAAUUGCAAUUAAAAUAUUAAGAUACUGCUAGUAAAUCCUUUUAUGUAAAUGCACCUCUUUCUUCUUACUUUGAACAAAAUACACCAAAUUGACAAAUUGGAGCUUUUUACAUAUAUAAUACAGUUUAUUUCUUAAAUCACUUAUUACCAUACCUUCGACUGUGUAGAGCAUUGCAAGAUGUUAAAAUAUAACUCACGACAUUUCUAAUCUACUAAUGGUACUUGCAUCACCUUGGAAAAUUGUAUUCUGUUAUUUGCAUCAACGAAGUUGACAGAUGCAGAAAGCAGAGUGAUUUAUCACUGAAUAAUAAUUAUAUGAAAUAUAUGCUAAUACAAUUGCCUAGGAAAUAUUUUAUAUACAUGGUAUAAUUCUCAAAAUAAAGCUCCUAUUCAGGCAUCAUUGAUUUUUUUGGUCUGUGGCCUUUAACAAGUGGCAAGUUUCAACUAUAUUUCAUAAACUGAAAUAUAGUUGCAGAGCGCUGUAUUUAUAGUAUGUAGACGAUGGAUUUUAAUAUUUUUAAUUUGCAUUGGUGGGAAAAACAUGUGCAUGUUGGCUUUUGCAGGUAAUCCUCUGGAAAUUCUUUAGUGCCUUAAGGAUGCAGAGGGGGAACAGACCUUGGGAUUAUAGUAAGUUGUUCAGACCUCUUUCCUGCUUCACUAGAAUUCCUUUAUGACAGUGGUCACCAACCAGUUGAUUGGGAUCUACUGAUAGAUCCUGGAGCAUCUGACAGGUGAUCCUGACUGGUUUGGUGGGAGGCUGUCUUCAACUGCCUCUCCCCCCAUGUUGUGCUGCUCCUGCCCUGUCAUGGAGCUUCCGCCAGGAACCUCCUGCUUGCUGUGCAGGGUGGAAGAAGUGGAGGAGGGGGCACUGAAGUCAGAGUGUCCCCCUUUUCCUUUCCAUGCCCCCCAUUUCCACAGAGUGAGCAGGGCAGGGCCCUGGAGAAAGGAUGGUGUAGAUGCAGGGCCACAGGGAAGAAGGCAGGGCAAGGGUAUCUGGGUUUGAGGUAGAUCCGGGAGUGAUGUGCUUAAAAAGGUUGAUCUUGUGCUUAAAAAGGUUGAAGACCACUGCUUUAAGACAUAGUGUGCCUUGGACUCCAAGCAUAUUUGCAUUAUAAUAAUACCUGUAGACAUGGUAUUGUUGUCAGGAAUUUUUGUCCCUUUACAUAUCCUAGGUUACAGAAUCUACUGCUGUUUCCAAAGUACUAUACAAAAUUAAAACAUCUAAUUCAAAUUCUACCAGUGGAAUCCAUGAUAUAAGUCAUUAUCAGUCAAUUAGGAAUGUUAAAGUUGGAGUCAAACCAGCAAAGAAAGUUUAGCUUAUCUCAGAUGUGCUGCAUAAAUCCAGCUUCUAUUGAAGUCUAUGGGUGAAGAUUUCACCCUGACUUUUACUUGAGCAUAGGAAGUGUAGCACAUACGAUAGAUAAAUAUCUAUCACUGCCUAUGCACAGCAGGGACAAAAUGUGAUCAAAGAGAAAGGAACUAAGGAAACAAUAGAGGCUUGACUUGAUGUAGAGAUGUUACUGUCUGUGGUGUAAAUCUAUACUCACUAUUGUUUUAUGUUGCAUGGAUUCUUGCAAUGUUAAUAUGACGUAUAAAUGUAAAUUGCAAUGAGAGGAGUAAUUGUACAUGUGCAGCAGCUGAUUUCCAAAUAUAAAUAUGUCAGCAUCCAACUGUUUAGAUUUGUUUUUCUAUGUUGAGAGAGAUUAAUUUAUAUUAGGUGAACUUUGCUUCUUUGCAGAGAGCUUACACAAUGCCUUAGGCACCACUAAUUAAAAGUUUUAAGUGGAUCUUAAGUGGUCUUGUGUGGGGUGAAUUUCACUCAUUAUGGAUUAAGGGUUUGGAUACAGACAGGAACAAAAAAUAAAGCCUCCAAAAGUUGUUAUCUUCUGCUUCCUGUGACUAAAAAAGGAGUUGGAAAAUGUGUAAAUAAUAUUACUCCUUGGCUUAUACUCUAAAUGCCAAGAUUCAAUGUGGCACAGAUUUUGUAGCUUGUUUAUAAAUAAGGCUUCUGGCUUUUGUUUUGAAAAUAUGAAGCUAGUAUAAACUAAAGAAAAGAGUAAAGACUUAUAAGUAUUUGUUUGGAUUGAAAAGGAUGGAUAUUUUCUCAUGUCUUGGGACCAAACUUAAACUGAGAACCUUGGAUACACAAAAUAUGGAUGAGAGGCCUUUGAGCUGCACCUCCAUAUAAGUAUCAGCUUUUCAUCCGUAUAACAGUGUGAUGUUAACUAGGACUCAUGAAAGCUGUUUGUUAGAGAGACAAAUUAGAACCAGUUUGAAAAUGUGCCCAAGAAUGCACAAAAAAACGUGGGCUUCAUAAUUUGAUAUAUAUUACUCAAAAAUUUCAGCUGGAUCCUUUUUUAAAAUUGUUGUAAAUAAAUGCAAAAAGCUUGACACUGUUGUUUGUAAACCCCUAUUAGUGGGGAUUAAAAUGGAACAGCUUAUUGAUUUCACUUGAGUAACAUAAAAGACGCCAUUAUCUUUUUUAUCUUGUUUUACAUUUUUCAGCAAUGAAUUUCAUUUUAGGACAUUUCCUACAUCUAACUAAAUGUACAUAUAUGUUAAUUUCAAAGUAACAGGAGAGGAGACAGACAACAUUGUAAUGAAGUCACAAAGUCUCACUUCUGAUUAUUGCAGAUUUGUAACUAUCACUUAAAAUUGUGUAAAAUAUGUUGACAUUUUAUCUUGUUAACCAGAUGUAUUUUUCUAUGUUAGUUAAAGGUAUAAUUUG